AUGGACCUUGUGGUCCUGGCUGCUGACCUGCCCACCACCCCACAUGCAGAGAACAGCCUGCAGCCCUGGUGCAGGCUCCGCCCGCAGCCCCUGCUGGUGAGCGUCUGCGUGGAGGAUGAAGAUUGGUCCCUGAACGACUUGCCGCCAGCCCACCUAGCACAGGUUUCCGGCCCCUCCCCAGGCCCCCUUGUGGCCACAGCCGCUACGCCUCCUGGACACAGCUCAGCCAUCACACCUGCUGCCGCCACAGGGGUCACUGCUGCCCCCGGCCCCUCACAACCUGUCCUGGGCCUGCAGUGGACUUUGAAAAUCCCCCGGACACACCCUGUUGCUUCCCAGCUGCUGGCACCUGCCAGAGGGUCUGGGCCCCGCCCCAGCGACUGGGCACCGUGGGGCAUGUGGAGCUCCCUUUCCGUCUCCCUGGAGCACAGGUCCUGGACUCACAAGGGCGUUUCUCAUGCCAGGACAGAGAAUCGUUUUUCUCCAGCCGGCCGGCACCACCGCUGUCUGCCACCCUCAGAUCCCAGGAAGCUGCUGGAGUUUGCCCCCACCCCUGCCCUCACCACCCACCACAGGGACGGGGGCACACAGCCACCGCCACGUGCCAGGCUCCAAGCCCUGCUUAGUGCCGAGGGGCCCGGGAGGGGGCGUCCUCCACCCAGCCUGGGCUCCGGAGUAGGUGGAAACCCCAUCACCAAGCGACGACUGAGCGCUUCAGAGCUGACCGGCCAGACUCCAGGGCUGGACAGGGACUCACUGGGCAGCUUCCAGGAGGGACUGUCCCCACCAGCUCUGGGUGCCCUCCAGCUGUCGAUGCUGUGGCUGGCCUUCCAGGGGCCGGGGAGUGGCCCUCAGCUGGUCCUUCCAACUGUCAGUCCCCCAGGGUCAGCGCCUCAGCUUGUACGUGGCUGGCUCGAUGAGCACGUGGUCCUGGAGCUGUCGAGAGAUUUGUUCAUGGGAGACACGGCAGCCGAGCCCACGGGUCCCCUGAGCCUGAUCUGCGAUAAGAAAGGCCCUGAGACUCACUGUUUGUGGGUCGUGCCUGAGACACAGCUGCAGCCCAAGAUUCGAGGUCCCCUGCCCCGUGUGACCCUGGGUGGUGACCUCCCCUCUGCAACCCCCUCCCCCAGCCUCACCACCUUCCGUCUCCUGUCCAGCUUGACCUGGACCCACUGCCUGCGACCCUGCUGCCUUCCUGCCAGGACGACCAGUGGGCACCACACAGCCAUGGGCCCCAGAGCAGGUGCCCUGGUGAGCCCGGGCCUCGCCCUCCUGGUGUCACUCACUGCCCACUGCUCUCACCCCCAGGCCGAGGGCGCCUCCCAGGGAGGCCUGGACGCCAGCAGGGCCGACCUGUGGGCCAGUGCCAGCGCCUCCCUCCUGCAAGGCUUCUGGUGCCAGCCGGCCAGCCAGCUGUCCCGCGACCAACUUGCAGCUCUCAUCCAGAGGAUGGCAACACAACACGUCCUCCUCAGAGCCUGGCAGCUCAGCUGCCUGGCCAACCUGGCCGCCCGACAAGGCCUCCAGGGCGACUUCGAGCUCCACCCCCCUGACCUGCUGCUCUUCUACAACCUGACACAGGUGGAGGAAGCGGACUGCCGGGCCUUCACCCGCCGUGCUGCCCAGGGAGACACAAAGCUGCUGGCCAACCUGCCCGACCAGAGGGCCGCCCUGCAGCACAGGGCCCUGGCCUGCCUGGGAGGGCCCCAGCCAAGGCUCAGUGCCUCCGACCUGCUGCUCCUCGGGGUCCUGGUGUGUGACAUGGACGCUUCCAGCAUCGCGGCCGCAGACCCCCAUGUGCUGCAGAACCUGCGGCACUGUCCCCGGCUCACCGCUGCCCAGCAGGCUGCCCUCAACAGGCUGCUGGCCAGUGGCAGGACCGUCCUCGGGCACCCUGGCUCCUGGAACCUGGAGGGGCUGCAGGCUCUGGGACCCUUGGCCUCAUACAUCAGCCCUGGGCUGUGGAUGCAGCUGCAGGAGGCCGUGGGCCUGGACUUCUUCCGCAGCAUAGUGGCCGCAUGCCGGGCAGGGCAGCUCAGGCAGCGUGAUGCCAGGCGCUUUGUUACCAACUUCCUCGAGGCCAAGUCCAAGGCAGUGUCCUCACCGUCCAAGCGGGACACAGGGAGACCCUGCGUCCGUGGCAACAUCACUGCGGCCACCCUGCACGACGACCUCUUCCUGGUGCGCUACGACUGCGGGCAGCUCGAGUCCUGCCUGGGCAGCCGCGUGCUCAGAGCCAACCUGGACCCCCUGCUGCAGCACCCGCUGCCCGCCGAGUGCCAGCAAGUCGUCAAAGCUAAGCUAGCUAGGGUCUACCCGGGCGGAGUCCCUGAGGAGCAGCUGCGGCUCAUCCCCUCGCUGGCCUACCUCUACUCCCUCUCGGAGAUUGGCCAGUGGCACAUCACGUCCAAGGACACAGUCGUGACCCUGCUGGCCCCAGACGGGGCCCUGGAGAACCAGACAGAGGCCAUCCUGCAGAAGUUCCUGGACCACAAUGGCACCAUCACUGGUGCGCUGCUCGUGGCCAUUGGGGGCUCUCGCCUCUGCUGGAUGAGCCCCCGGCAGAUCCAGGCCAUCCGGCCCUCAGAGUUCCGGCUGGCCGGGGCCCUGGACAUCUCCUCCUGCCCUCAGACCCGCAAGAACGUGCUCUUUGACAAGGCCCGCGAGGCCUUCGCCAGCGCCAGCACCACGGACACCUACUACCGCUUCAUGCGGCCCUACCUCGGCGGUGCCCCCGUGGAGGAGCUGCGGCACCUGGCCCAGGCUAACGUCUCCAUGGACAUCGACACCUUCACCAACCUGAACCCCCGAGUGCUGCAGAGCCUGAGCGUGGGCAACGUGACGACGCUGCUGGGUCCGAACGUGGGGGACUUGCAGAAGGCUCGGAGCCACCCUAUCAUCAGCUCCUGGCUCCGCAGCCUCAAUCGGUCAGCCCUGAGCGAGCUGGGCCUGGAUACGGGCCCCACCGGCCCCACCAGCCCUGCCCACUCGACCACUGGGACGCCCAGCACCACCCUCUGGACGCGCCAUCAAGCCCCCACCUCAGAAGGGCCUGGGAGCACCGCCCCCAGCUCGGGCAGCCCACCAGCCCACCUGGGGUACCUGCCCCUGGCUAUGGCCCUGCCCGCAGGCCUCCUAUGGCUGCUCUAUGGAGGCACGCCAAGGCCCAGCUGGGGCCACCCGCAGGGGAUCUGCAGCAUGGUGGAGGACUGCACUGCCCCAGCUCCACAUGCAGGAGAACAGGGGUUGGCACGUGGAGCUGGACGCCUGCCUAGACCAAGAUGCAGGCCCCAGGGAGCCUGGCCACAUCCUCCAUCCUAGGGGCCUGAAGGGCCAGUCCCUGCCUACACCCAGCUCCCAGGACCUGGAGCCAGAGGGAGGGCCUGGGCCUGGGGUCACUGCCCCGGCCGGUGAGGAAGACGCUGCCCCUGUGCGCAGGCUUCUUCUGUGGACUGGCUUGGCCAA